AUGGAGUUUUCUAAGGAUGCUGGAGCAGCAGCUUACAAUGAGAAAUCAGAGACUGACAUUCUUGGAGAAAAUUGUAAUUGGCAAAUACCCAUUAAUCACAAUGACUUCAAAUUUUUACAAAAUAAUGAAAGUCUGCUGUGUGAAGUCCUCCGGAAUAAAUUUGGCUGUGUCUCUACCCUGGUCUCUCCAGCCCGGGAAAGUAACAGUGUGCCUCACCAAGUCUUCAGAAAAAGGCUGACUGCGGGACUAGAGCUAUCUGUCUGGAAGGAUGACCUCACCAGACAUGCUGUUGAUGUUGUGGUGAAUGCAGCCAAUGAAGAACUGAGACAUGGAGGAGGCCUGGCACAGGCCCUGGUGAAAGCUGGCGGCCAACAAAUCCAAGAGGAGAGUGAUAUGUUUGUUUUCAAAUAUGGUAAAAUACCAACUGGUGAGGUUGCUGUCACAGGACCAGGGAAACUUCCCUGCAAGUUCAUUAUCCAUGCCGUUGGGCCUCGGUGGGAGGAGAGGGAUGCAGUGAGAUGUAAAGCUGAUCUGCAAAAAGCCAUAAGAAGUAUUCUGAAUUGUGUCAUCUCUGACUAUUCAUCCCCUGAGACAGUAGCAAUUCCAGCCCUCAGCUCUGGGAUUUUCCGGUUCCCUCUGGAUUUGUGUACAAAGAUCAUUGUGGGAACUAUCAAGCUUUAUUUUCAAGAGAGGCAACCGGCCAGUAAUUUAAGAGAAAUUCAUCUGGUAAGCAAUGAGGACCCCACUGUUGCUUCCUUUAAAACUGCUUCAGAAUACAUUCUAGGGAGUAACGAGCUGGGGUCCUCAGUGAGUCAGGGAGCCAUUCUUCCUUUCAAUGCGAUGGUUGUGAACAGAGUGACUCUCCAGAUUGUCCAAGGACACAUUGAACUACAGCAGACAGAUGUAAUUGUUAAUUCUGUAUUUAAUUGGAAGUUUGGAAUUGGUCCUAUAUCGCAAUCAAUUCUACAACAAGCAGGACAUGAAAUAGAAGUGGAAUUUCUCCAAAAAAAGCAGCAGACAUCUCAAAAUUCCCAGUUAGUACUGGUCACAAAAGGAUUUAAAUUGGCCUGUCAGUAUGUAUUCCAUGUGUUGUGGUUUUCAAAAUAUCACUCGGAUCAGAGAUUGAAAUGUGCAGUGAAGAAGUGUUUGGAAAAAUGCCUAGACCUACAUAUAACUUCCAUUUCCUUUCCUGCUCUUGGGGCUGGAGGCAUUGGUAUUAACAACAAUAGAGUAGCACAGAUUAUGUUUGACGAAGUUUUAGAGUUUGCCAAAUAUUAUCCUGAAAAACAGCUGAGUAUAAAGUUUGUGAUCUUUCCUACAGACCUGGACAUACACAAGGCUUUCAGCACUGCAAUGGAAAAGGUUAAGUCCAAGCAGCAGCUCCCCAACAAUUACAGUGUCCCCCAGGAGAUCAGAGGGAACCCAGAAAAGGAGCUGAAAGCUAAAUCUCCUGCUGUUAAUCUGAUGGGAUUGAACCAGGAAAAAAUAUGUGAGGCCCAAGAGUGGAUCCAAAGAAUGCUGACCCUCCAGGAUAAGCACAUCAUUGAGAAUAAUCAUAUCCUCUUCCUUGGAAAAAAGGAACAUGACAUUUUGUCUCAGCUUCAGGAAAGAGUCUCUAUUUCAGAGAUUAUCAGUCCGGGAAAGGCAACUUUAGAGAUUCAAGGAGCCCAGGCUGACCUCAUUAAGGUGGUUAUGAACAUUGAACUAAUGCUGUGUGAAGUUCAAGAGGAAAUAGCAAAAAGAAAGGAGCGAGCCCUUUGUAGCUUGUCAGGACAAUGGACUGAUCAGCAACCAAUACACCAAGAUGAAAUGAAAGAAAAUAAGUUUCUGGAAUGUCUAAAGCUUUCAACUCCAGAAAUUCAGGAUCAAAAGAAAAAGUUUGAAAACUGUGGUUUUCGGGUCAUAAAGGUAGAGAAGGUAGAGAACGUGCUCCUCAUGGCUGCCUUCCAAAGAAAGAAGAAAAUGAUAGAAGAGAGAAUGCCUGGGAAGCCUGUGAGCCACCGGUUGUUUCAGCAAGUCCCACAGCAAUUCUGCGAAGUGGUAUGCAGAGUUGGCUUCCAAAGAAUGUACUCCGUGCCCUGCGACCCAAAGUAUGGAGCUGGCAUAUAUUUCAGAAACCUACCAUAUCAGGUCAAGAAAACAUCUGCUUCAGAUAAGCUGACCUAUGUGUUUGAAGCUGAAGUACUCACAGGCUCCUUCUCUCUGGGUCAUCAGACAAAUAUUGUUCCACCACCAUUGAUUCCUGGAGCCACAGAUAGACAUGACAGUGUGGUUGACAGUGUCUCCAGCCCAGAAACCUUUGUUAUUUUUAAUAGUGUGCAGGCUAUGCCCCGAUAUUUGUGGACUUGCAUCCAAGAGCCUGUAUGGUCACAGGAUUACUUAUUCAAACCAAUGAAAUCAUAUCCACAGUUGACUUGGAAGGAACACUCAAGUGGUAGCACUGUUGAUUAA